AUGGCAGAACCCAGCCUCCAAGAGCCCAUGUACUUUUUCCUGAUAAACCUCUCAGCCCUGGACAUCCUCUCCACUACAGUCACCAUCCCCAAGAUACUGUCCCUAUUUUUGCUUGAGGACCGCUUCCUCAGCUUCCCUGCCUGCUUCCUAUAGAUGUACCUAUUCCACAGCUUCUCCUGCUCGGAAGCCUUCAUCCUGGUGGUCAUGGCCUAUGACCACUACGUGGCUAUCUGCCACCCACUGCACUAUCCUGUCCUCAUUACCCCACAGACCAGUGCUGUCUUGGCAGCCAGUGCCUGGCUCAUUGCGCCCUUCCUGCCCAUUCCAGAAGUGGUACAGACCUCCCAGAUGGCAUUUGACAGCAAUGCCCACAUCUACAACUGCUUCUGUGACCACUUGGCUGUGGUCCAGGCCUCCUGCUCUGACACCAACCCCCAGACCUUCACGGGCUUCUGCAUCGCCAUGGUGGUGUACUUCCUCCCACUCCUCCUGGUGCUUUUCUCCUAUGCCCACAUCCUGGUCUCGGUGCUUCACAUUAGCUCUUGAGAAGGACGCUCCAAAGCCUUCUCCACAUGUGGCUCUCACCUCCUGGUGGUGGGCACCUACUACUCAUCCAUUGCCAUAGCCUAUGUGACCUACAGGGCUGACCUGCCCCUUGACUUCCACAUCAUGGGCAAUGUGGUAUAUGCCAUUCUCCUCCUCUUCUUCUUCUUC